GGACGUCCCCCAUUCAAGACUGUAGAUCAUGGACACAGUUAGCUAGUGAGCCGAUUCUUAAUCUUCAAAAAUCAAACUUUAGAAGAAAUAACGGUUGUUUCAUCAAGAGCUUCAGACAGGCUUCUGCUCUGACCCAGCCAGUGAACCAGAAUGAUUGACGACUUCGAAAACAAGGAGGACGUCCGGUCCAGCGGGGAGCUGUGGACUGAAAUCUGCUCCAGUCUGUCUCCGGUGAGUCUAGCAACCCCGGAGAACCACACGGAGUUCAUUGACUCGUUCCAGCCAGCCGCACAAAUCGGACUGCAGGUCAAUGGACACUCAAAUGGGACAAACGGCAUUUCCUCCAGCGUCAAAUGGCAACCCAUGGAGGAUUCUGAGGUCUACAUAGCCGGUUUGGAGAACCGCCUGAAGAAAAUAAAGGGCCAGUCGAGUGAUGUGACGUCCAGGGACAUGUUGCGCUCCUUGUCUCAAGCUAAGAAAGAAUGUUGGGACAGAUUUCUGCAUGACUCUCAGACCUCAGAGCUCUUCCAAGGCGGUGACAUGGAUGACAGCGCUCUUGAACACUUCAAGAGAUGGUUAAUUCCUGAGAAGGUGGCCAUCAGCGCAGAAGAGCUGGAGUAUCUCCUGAGACCGUCUAAGGAUAACGAACAGGCUGAGCCAGACCAAACACAGAUCCAAGAGGACACUACGGCAGAGAGAGCCGACAAAGAUGGCACUCACACUCCAGAGAAAUGAGUGUUAAAAUAUGGUAACACUGAAAAAAAGAACUAACUUUGCGUGAAUGUGUUAUGUCAUAGCACUAUUUUGGACAAAGCUUUUGUUAACAGUGGUUCAAGAAGCAAUCGCAGCUGGUCAUCAUCAUCUGUAUCCCCAGCAACUGAGUGUUAAGUACCUUUUCAGUCCUUGUUAUUCAUCCCCUGAAGGAUUAUUAUCUAGUCUGUGCUCUGAUUUCCAUUAUAUAUGUUACACAAAUGGCUCUGCAUGAUUAUAUAUGCAAAGGUUAUUGAAGGACCACAUUAGGUACCGUGUUGUAAUUGAGACUCUUGGAACAUCUUGCAAACGUUAUACAAUUGUGACAUAUAGAACUGACUGUGACUUUGCUAUAUUCCAGAAAAUAUUGUACCAUAUCGUGUAACAUCUUUAUUUUUUUCCAUAAUGUUUUUACCAAUGAAGUUUUACCCACGUUUAAAUAAAAACCUCACAACAAUUGAA